CUCGCUUAAUUCGUAACUACCCAAUCUAAAAACAACCAAGUCCUUCCUAUUUCAUUGCAUUUUCUGAUACCAACCCAAACGCAUCACGCAACAAUGUCUUCUCCUCCUCUUCUAUGCCUAUUCCUCUCUCUCAUCGUCGUCUUCGCCGGAACAGUUUCUCCGGCACGUGCCUCCGAUGAGCUGGAGCGUGGUGGUGGAGGAGGAGGAAAGCAAAGAGAGUUUGAUUAUUUCGCUUUGGCGUUACAAUGGCCUGGUACUUUUUGUCAACGCACGCGCCAUUGCUGUGCCAAUAAUGGUUGUUGCAGAGGCUCCAAUUCUCCCGGAAUAUUCACAAUACAUGGACUCUGGCCUGACUACAAUGAUGGAACUUGGCCAUCCUGUUGCACUAAAUCUCAUUUUGAUCCAAAAGAGAUAUCAACAUUGAAUGAGGCUUUAGAGAAAUAUUGGCCAUCAUUGAGCUGUGGCUCACCAUCAUCAUGCAGUGGUGGAAAGGGUACAUUUUGGGGUCAUGAGUGGGAAAAGCAUGGUACAUGCUCGUCUCCUGUGUUUCAUAAUGAAUAUGAUUAUUUCCUGACAACGCUGAAUGUUUAUUUCAAAUAUAACGUUACAAGCGUUCUAAAUGAUGCUGGAUAUGUUCCGUCAAACACAGAAAAGUAUCCCCUCGGAGGCAUUAUCUCUGCCAUUGAGAAUGCUUUCCAUAUAUCUCCUCAAAUAGUUUGCUCAAAAGGUGCUAUAGAGGAACUUCGUCUAUGCUUCUAUAAGGACUUCAAGCCACGUGAUUGUGCUAUUGGAGCAGACGCUAAAAUUGACAUGGUUACUAAAAAAGCAUCAUGUCCUAAAUAUGUUAGCUUGCCAGAAACUGUAUCAAUUGGUCGUGAUGGACUUCAGAGUUGGGAGUCAAAUGAUGCAGCUCUUUAAGGUUACGGCAGUGUGCUCCUAUUUGUAAAUUUCUGUACCAUGCGAAUAAACAAAGUCAGAGACAUGGAUUUCUUUGGACAUUGUAUUAUUUAUCAAUUUGGAGACAACAAAUUGGAUAAAGUGAAGAACUGGACAUAUACCUGCUAAACUUGGCCGGAAAAAUGAAGAGAUUGCUGAAAGUAUUAUCUUGGAUCUAUCUCAGUGCACUGCUUUAUUUUGGGGGGGUUGGGUUGUAUAUGUUUCUUUAUCAUUAUCAUUGAAAGAAUGUACAAUAAGAUAUAUUGUAUCAUAAUGAGUUGUGGUAAAUGAAAACAUUUUCCUUUAAUAUCAUCAUA